AUGUCUACUCCCUUCGACCUUCGCAACCCCGGACGCCCAGUCCAUGUCGGCGUUGUCCUGUUGAAUACUGUAACUGAACACCUUGACAUUGCACCCGUUGGCUUCUUCCACAACUUCAGCACCUCCUUCAUCAAAAACCUCCCACCAUUCGCCAUCUCCGACGACCUCAGAUCCCAAGCCCUAGACUUCGUCACCCACUGGGUCACAGAAGAUGGCACGACCCCGGGCUCCCUGAGCGGAAACCUCAAAGUCAUCCCCACGGACUCCUUCGCCACCUGCCCACCCCUCGACAUCGUGCUCAUCGGCGCCGGUCAAAUGGGCUACCAAGCCACCACUACAGAGAAAAAUUUCCUCCGGAAGUGCUACGCCGAAUGUUCCGCAUUCUUGUCUGUUUGCGGUGCGUCGGACGCCCUCCUAGCGACGGGCAUCUUGGAAGGCAAGACGGCGACAGGUCCACUUUCGUUUCUGCCAUUGUUUCGUGAGAUAGCUCCGGGCACGAACUGGGUGCAGAAGAGAUGGGUGAGGGAUGGAAAGAUGUGGACUACGGGGACGUUGUUAAACGGCCUGGAUAUGAUUGCUGCGUUCGGGAGGGAGGUUUGGGGUGGGGAAGGGACUCUGGUGGAACAUGUCCUUCUGACAGGGUAUUUUCCGAGCAGGAAUGUGGAUUAUGAGGAUGAGAAGUGA